GAAAGCAGCACGGCAGCGGAUGUAGCAGCAGUAGCAGCAGUCUCCAGUACAUGGCAACCAUGUAGUGCUGGGGGCGAAAUUAUCUUCUUCUGACCAACUGAAACAACAUGUCCUCAUAUUCACUCACGUCGCUGUGAAGUUAGUGUGAGACAAAUAAUGUGUUGAUGAGAAAAAGACGAGUCUCACGGGAAUAGCAAGGCGAGGGAGUCGUCGGUGCAACCGAAAGCCUGUGAUAUAGACACUUCUCUCUGUCCUCGCUUAGACAUUUCAGAGGGGACGGUGGACUACUCUUCAUUUAUUAGCUUAACUUACAAUUUUAUCAGCGUAAGAAAUGACUUCAGCGCAGCGGAAUUUACACAGGCGGACGGGCAUGUAACGCUAAGGGACACCGGGGCCAGUUAGUAGUUUUGCACCAGGUCUGUGUCCGCGUUACCGCCCCGUUUUUUCCUCUCUCGUAGCAGCGCAGCCACAGGGCUCAAGGUAGACGACAUUAACCACCACAAUCGCCCGCUGACACCAUGGGGAAUACAACCUCCUGCUGCGUGUCGUCGAGCCCCAAGCACCGGAGGAAUACCCACUCCAGACUGGAGACCUACCGACCCGAGCCCGAGCUGAGCCGCGAAGACACGGGCUGCAACCUGCAGCACAUCAGCGACAGAGAAAAUUUAGAUGAUCUUCCCAUGGAGUAUAAUCCAUCAGAUCACCCCCGGGCCAGUACUAUCUUCCUUAGCAAGUCACAAACGGAUGUUGCUGUGCCCCACAGAAGAGUCCGAGAAAAGCGGAAGAGCCUUUACAUCAACCAUUUCACACACAUUUCGGAGAACAAGCACCAUCCAGGCCCAGUGAGACGGAAAUACAGCUCGUGUUCCACCAUAUUCCUUGAUGACAGCACUGUCAGUCAGCCCAACCUCAAAUACACCAUCAAAUGUGUAGCCCUCGCGAUAUACUACCACAUAAAGAACAGAGAUAUCGACGGCAGAAUGUUGUUAGACAUUUUCGAUGAGAAGCAGCACCCGCUCACAAAGUCUGAGAUCCCUGCUGACUACGACAAACACGACCCCGAGCAGAAGCAGAUCUACCGCUUCGUCAGGACGCUGUUCAGCGCUGCACAGCUCACUGCUGAGUGUGCAAUUGUCACACUGGUGUAUUUGGAGAGGCUCCUGACCUACGCCGAGAUCAAUAUUUGUCCUGCCAACUGGAAACGUAUCGUGUUGGGAGCCAUCCUCCUUGCGUCCAAGGUGUGGGACGACCAGGCUGUCUGGAACGUGGACUACUGCCAAAUUCUCAAGGAUAUUACUGUGGAGGACAUGAAUGAGUUGGAGCGUCAGUUCCUGGAGCUGCUGCAGUUCAACAUCAACGUACCAUCCAGCGUCUACGCCAAGUAUUAUUUCGACCUGCGCUCGCUGGCUGAGUCCAACAACCUCAGUUUCCCCUUGGAACCCCUCAGCAGAGACAAGGCUCAGAAACUGGAGGCUAUCUCACGGUUGUGUGACGACAAAUACAAGGACUUGAGAAAGCUCAUCAAGAAGCGGUCAGCGAGCGCCGACAACCUGGCGGUGGUGCGGUGGUGUCCAGCCAUCAUUUCAUAACACUGGCUUCAGACGGCACACAGCAGAGGAACAUAGACCUAUCGCUGCCUGGUAAGCAGGCAAACUAGGUAGGCAGCAGUCCUGUGGUUCAGUGCACACACACACACACACACACACACACUCACAAUGUGGCACUUUUACAAGUGUGAUUACACGCUCCCUGGGUGGUUGUACAUAAAACACGUCCCACCGGCUGCCCACACUGAACCAAACGGAGCUGAGCUGAACCGAACCAAACUUAAGUAUGCAGUUGAAAGUUGUCGCAACGAAGAAAAGAAGAGGCCAAAUGGAAAUACAGCCGGUGAUCGAUAAGAGAGAGUGUGAAGUUAAGAAAUGAAAUAGGAACAAGUUUUAUACGAAACACAACUCAUGAAAACAGCAACAGCGUUCCAUAACUCCCUUUGAAGCUUGUGCGGUUGACUGACGGCGGAGGACUUGAACAUUCCUUUCAUUUUCAUGUUUUGGCUCAGUCUUUUUCCUGGAAACAUGACAUCAUCAGCGUUCGGACACACUCGGUUUCUCUCGGUGUUUAGUUCUUUAUUGAUUUAUAUCUAUUUACAUCCCCAUCACGGAGAAGCCUCAAACAUGUACAGUACAAAGGAGAGACAUUUACAUUCCACUGUUAACUUUACCGUCUGGACCUUUCUGUGGAGUGAAGUUGUGCGUGGGUCUUCUCCAGGUUCUCAAAAACAUGCAUAGAUUAAUUGGACCCUCUAAAUUGCCCAUAGGUGUUAGAUAAUGUUUUUUUCUUCUCUAUUGCUGUGUUUCCAUCAUGGUACAGUUCAGUUUGGUAUAAUACGGUAUGGUCUGGAGUGGUAAAGCCCUGGCUCAGGCUUGUGUUUCGACUGAGAACAGUACCUUUACUUGUGAGGUGGGGGUGUAACAAACGUGACACAACAGACAACAAUGGAGGACAUCCAGCAGCUCCGUUUUUUCCUGCUCGGUGCGUCAAGCUUUGAAUGAGAAUGACACUUCCAUGUCGCAAGGGAGUGGCGCUGGUCUAGCUCCACCCUGACCGUACCAUAUCAUUUUACUCUGGUAACCCCAAGGGAAGGGUGCCAAGGAUGGAAUGGUUGGGGCCGGUUAAUGGAAACGCAACCAUACUGUACCGAACUGCACCAUUCCACUCUGUGCCAACAUGGCUUCGAUGUUGGCCCUGCAAUUGGACUGAUGAACCUACCUUCUACCCCGCCUUUCGCCCCCUUUGUCAGCUGGGACUGGCACCAGUAGUCCCACAUCCCUCAUGAGGAGGAUAAAGUGGUAGACGAUGGAUGGAUGUUAACUUUACUGAACACGUUAAACAUUUGACCGAACUACAGUACAUAUCAGCCAUCUCGACAUCAUAUCGCAUAGCCAUGUAACAGUAGCUCUCAUGCAGAGAGCCAACCGUGAAAGCAAUUCAACAUUUAGCUCAAGGGCACUUUGACAGGAUUGGUUUAUCUCAAGGCCACCUGGCCAACAUUCAGAUAUAGCCUAAAGCAAUAUUCAUGCAGCGCUUUAUUGUUGCGAUUAAACACAAUAAAGGCGUGUGCACUUGGGAGAAGAUAGGUGUCCACUACUCUGAGACAGAUGUGAGACAUACUGUAGAGCUUCUGUUCUUUAUCCACUGCCAUUGUCCUGACCUGUGGUGCCUGUAAUAAGCUAUAGUCAAACACUUCUCCCCUUUUUCUAGUGGAGAAAACGAACAAAUAACUGAAGAAUUUUUCUUUCUUUAACGUUUUGUAUUUUUCUUGCAGCUCACAAACAAACAGCACAAACUAUAUAAAUAUAAUGACAUUUAGAAGCCACUAAAAUCAUGAUUCUUCAGGGUUCUUGUUUUUGUUUUUUUGGGUGACAUUACUGCAGAGACGAACCAAUGAAAAACACAUCAAGUGACAAGUCGGACACUGCUCACAAAAAGGUAGAAUGUAAGAAGAUGUCGCUAAAUGGCUUAUGUACAGUGUAAAUACAGCACCAGUGUGCAAAUCUGUAGACUGAAAUUGUACUGUAAAAAAACACACAUACCCCCCCAAAAACAGAAUGAUAUUAGAGUAUUUAUAUUGGAUCAGUUUUAUUGUACAUGAUAGGAAAACUAUUAAGGUUUUAAAUGGGAGACACCACUAAAGAUCUUUUUGUCUGUUCUUGUUAUGAAGUUUUUUCACACUGCAGAAAAUGUUGCUUUUAUGUGUUACAUACUGUAUAGGGUAUAAUGAUAAAUACAAGACAAUUCAGGUGUGUGGUAUUUUAUUUUAUAUUUUAUAUACAUAUAUAAAUAUGUGUGUAUAUAUAUAUAUGUAUAUACAUAUAUGAAAACUACCCCGACGACAUGAAAUUAGUAGCAUCUGAUCUGUAUGGAGUCCUGCAACUUACAAAAUGUUUUAAUGUUACUUAGUAUCAAUAUAACUGAUUAGUAUAACAUUUAGCUGGUUGGUGGGAAAAUAAUAAGUUCAUAAAGCAAAUAGGUCAACAUUCAUUUAUUUAUCACUUGCUAAUUUGUCUUCUCUUUUUUAGCACCUUAAUUUUCCAUCCUUUUUUGGUCUUGAUACAUAAUUUUGAUAAAUAAUUCCAUUUCAUACUAUAUUUUCUUUCCUUUACACAUUUUCAGUGGUCAAUAGGAGCACAGUUUUACCACUAGCUCACAUGCUAACAUAGUUUAUUGCUAAUUUUAGCUUGUGGUUAGCUAAAGAGGUAAACACUGGGUUUAAAGUUAUACUAGCAACAGAGUCCUCAUUCUUGGGCAUAAAAAGACAAUAAUUUACAUUUAGAAAAGUAAAUUUGCGAAAUUAAAUAUGUAAGAAAAAGAUAAAUGAUAAUUGUGUGCAAAGACUAAAACAGUUGAAAAACAUUUUGUAAACUGAUCCAAAAAGCUAUUUACUCUUAACAACUUAAGAAAAGUUUCCUUUUGUUUAACUUCAGAAUAUUGUGUAUUGUUUGAUAAACUUUUACAGCAGUUUGUAAGUUUUGGGGCUCCAUAUUUUCUUACUGAAAAUCAUGCUAAUUUUGAACUUUUUCCUUGACAUCUUAAAACAGGAAAAUGGAAACUGGUUUAUUUUGUCUUAGUGUCAUAAGAAUAUGAGUGGAUUAAAUAUUAAAAUCCAAUAUUAUCCUUCAAAUGCAUUUUCUUUUCUGAAACAAAGUGUCAUGGAAAGGUCAGAUUCAGAUGUGACAUCAGUGUAGCCUCCUUUAAGCCUCUGGGCUGUUUUGUGCGUUUCUUCAGCAGCUUCAACAUCUGUGAUUUAACUCGAGUUUUGUCCAUCUUAGUCAGUCCCUGACCAGCUUGUGUGAAAUGGACAGAACUGAACCAAAGUCACAGAGAAAUGAAGGAUGAUGCUGUUCCAUGUGUUGCUCUGAAGAACCAGCCCACUUGCACAUAAUAGUAUAUGGAAAUGAGUUGGGACUUGGAAAGAGAGCAGUUGUUUUGCACGGUGCUUUGAAUGAGUGGAAAAAUUAAGUACAGAAUAUAUUAGGAAAGCAACGUUACUGGAUUUCAAACUGAUAGAGGUAUUAAAAGAUUGUAUAUCCUAUUUAUUGUACGUAUGAGUGCAUACAGCCCAGUUAAGUUGGUGAUUUGUUUUGACCUAAUACCAUGUGGUCAAAAAUGGAAAAUCUACUCCCGACAGCAAAGACCUUGGGUCUGUGACGUCCUGUCGGCUGGUUACUAGGUGUGUCAUAGCCUCGUGCACUGAACUCUACCUCUACAUAGAGUUUUACUUUUCUGACAAUGACAAUUUAUGGAUUUUACAAAUUCAGCUUUGAUCUCGACAAUUUCCCACGCUACUAUCAGUCAACUGCUAUAGCUGUGACUGUUUUUUGGUUUUUUUCAUGGAUAUUUUCAACAAGUUGUACUGUAUUCUGUUGUUAUUGUCAGUGUAUUCCUUUCCUUUUAAUGAGUCAGUCAUUUGUUCCUGUUCUCAUUUUGCCAAAAUCUGAUUUGCUCUCUCUUCUUUUCUGUAUGUUUUCUGUGAUAAUUGGAAGAACUGCAACCAAUUCUCCUCUUCUGAAGCAAUGUUUAGAGAAACCUGUGCAAGAAUUAAACUUUACAGCCUUGCAAUAAA